UCACUCCAGAAACACAGCAAUUUUCCCAAUAUCUUUCUUUUCAUUUUUUUGAUGUGGGGUUUUGAUUUCUUCGAGGAUUUUGGGAUUUACUUGUUUGUUUCUUUUUUUCUUUCUUUAAAAUUCACUUGCUGGGUGGGUUGAGCAAGAAGGUAUCAGCUGCUUCAGAAAAGGCUGGAACAGAGCAAGACCAAACCGACUUCUUUUCUAUUUUUCAGAAAUGAUUGGCCCAGUAGCAAUAGCUUUGACUGUGGGUCUUCUUGGAUGGGCUUAUCAGGCACUAAAGCCUCCCCAUCCCAAAAUAUGUGGAUCGCCGGACGGUCCUCCUGUCACUUCUCCUAGAGUAAAACUCAGUGAUGGGAGGCAUUUGGCUUACAGGGAAUUGGGAGUUCCAAAAGAAGAGGCGAAACACAAGAUCAUCGUCAUUCAUGGCUUUUUAAGUUCCAAAGAUAUGAGUUUGCCCGUCACUCAAGAACUCAUAGAGGAGUUAAGGAUAUAUUUCCUGUUCUUUGACAGAGCUGGCUAUGGAGAGAGUGAUCCAUAUCCUUCACGUUCUGUGAAGAGCGAAGCUUUUGAUAUUCAAGAGCUAGCUGACAAGUUGCUGAUUGGGUCUAAAUUUUAUGUAAUCGGAAUCUCAAUGGGAGCUUACCCUGUUUGGAGUUGCUUGAAAUACAUACCACACAGAUUGUCUGGAGCUUCCCUGGUAGUUCCCUUUGUGAACUACUGGUGGCCUCGUUUUCCUGCUGAUCUAUCAAGAGAGUCCCUUGGUACGCUGCAGCUAUCAGACCAAUGGACAUUCCGAGUUGCACAUUACACUCCUUGGUUAUUCCAUUGGUGGAUGACCCAGAAAUGGUUCCCUUCACUAAGUAUCUUGGCUGGGAAUAACGCAAUUUUCUGCCCGAAAGAUGUAGAGAUGUUGCAGAAACUCUCAGAAACACCAAGUCUUGGUCAGGAAAAGAUUACGCAGCAAGGAGAGCACGAAUCACUGUUCCGAGACAUACUGGCUGGUUAUGGAAAAUGGGAAUUCGACCCCUUGGAUCUCAGCAAUCCCUUCCCUGACAACGAGGGAUCAGUUCACAUUUGGCAAGGCUAUGAGGACAGGAUCAUUCCUUACAAACUAAACCGUCAUAUUGCAGAGAAGCUUCCCUGGAUUCAUUACCAUGAAGUUCCUGAUUUUGGGCAUUUUCUGAUGUUCGACAAGAACCAAUGUGAAGCCGUUUUGAAGGCACUUUUGCUUGGAUUAUGAACUCCCUAAGUAGCAAGUCUUUCAUGAAUGCUGCAAUGUGUAUUACAUAUAAAGAUCUUCUGUAUUUUAUUGCAAUGUAAAACUUAAUCAUCAGCUUACUUCUCUGGCACAAAUAAUUCAUAAGUUGUUCGGCAUGAUUGUACAUAUCUGCUGUAUCGAAAGUCCUCUUCGGAGCGGAAAUGUACCGUAAUCUGAUUCACGUCA